AUGCGUAAUGGCCAAUGGAGAGAAGCAGGACUGCGUAUUCGCUCCCCCGCCCUCUUCAGCCUCAAGUUCUCUGCUAUGCUAAUGAACGACAACCGUGAUGAGAGCCCUGGGAUACGCAUCGCCUUCAAGAUUGACGGGCAUCUUCCCAGUUGUUGGCACAUGCAGGCCUCGACGGUGCUACCUAUAUCAACAGUCCACGACCCGCUCUUGGCGGGCGACUGUGUGCUGAACAUCAAGACCGGUGAGGACGUGCAAAGGAGCGUGGACCUCCUCGCGCCAGGUGCAUCAACUUCAGUCUAUCAACACGAACAGAGCAGUGGCCAUGCGCCAACCGUCGCUCAACACGGAACACAGCACUCCUUGAAUCAAUGUCAGUGGCAGCCAAAUUGA